UAACGCACUCUUCCCGCCAAUCCAAUAACGGCACGUUACAUAUUGAACCCUUCGUGCAGUUCACGCGCUCUCUUAUUGGCUCAAAAUCGAAACUUCGUUAACUCCUGUAAUGAUUCGCCAACACAACCAUAAAACCGGUUUCCAAAAUAAAAAGUUCGGACACAUUCACAACAAACUUUGCGUGCUUCUUCUUCACUUUGGUCUUCAUUUAUCAAUUCAUUGUUGUUUAAACUUUAAACCUUGGAAUCCAAAGAGUGUCAUGGAAGACCAGAAAGAGAAGAUUUCAGUUUCGGAAAAUUUAGAAAUGAACAUUGACGUGCAGCCAGAGCUGUUUGUGGACAAACAUGAGCCGGAAACGGGUGGCGACACCACCGGCAUCCUACGGCGGUGGAAGAGGAAAGAAAUGCUAAGGAGAGGCUCUUUAGGGCUAAGAGGAAUUGCUCUAUUUAUGUCUUUGAUUUCACUCAUUCUUACGGCUAGUAACAAGCAUGGUUAUUGGAAUUUUGACAAGUUCGAAGAAUACAGAUACAUGCUGGCUGUGGCAGCUCUAUCUAGUUUGUACACUGUGGUUCAAGUGUUUCGUCAAGUUCAUGAACUUUUCACGGGGAAAAGCCUGAUGCGGCCAAAAACUGAAGGGUUGAUUGAUUUUGUUGGGGAUCAGGUUGUGGCAUAUCUCUUGAUAUCAUCAACGUCUUCAGCGAUUCCACCAACAGAUAGAAUGAGGGAAGUUACCACCAAUAUAUUUACGGACUCUGCAGCUGCAGGCAUUGCCUUUUCCUUUUUUGCAUUUUGCUGUCUAGCACUGUCAGCUGUUAUAUCAGGAUACAAACUCUCUACCCAAACUUAUACUCCUAUGAACAUCCUUGAUAGUUAAAAGUAUCUCCUAUCAUGUUUCAACUUCCAUUUAUUGGUAGAUUUGUGUGAAGAAGUGAGUAUAAGAAAUUAAUAACCCCCCUUCCCUUUUAAGUACGUGCACGUGUGUUGCAAUAAGACAUGAGACUGUACCAAUUUCAUAUUAAAAUACAACUUUUUUUGGUGCUACUUGAUACUGUGUUGAUGGUGUUGAUACUUUUUCUUUAAUGUGGAAUUUGGCAGUAAUUUUUG